AUACCGGGAGUUCAGCCAGGAUAUUUGAAGUCACUCUCAUCUCCAGGACCGGUGUUCUUCUUCAGUUACUCUGUCUCCAAUCCCUAGGCCAGACCAAACUCUCAUCUCCAUGGAGUUCACAGCCGAUCAACUCAUCCAAUACAGCGGCACAGACCCAUCAAAGCCUAUCUACGUAGCAAUCAAGGGUCGCGUUUUCGAUGUGACCACCGGCAAGUCCUUUUAUGGGCCAGGCGGCUCAUACGCCAUGUUCGCUGGCAAGGACGCUAGCAGAGCUCUUGCCAAGAUGAGCAAGAACGAUGAAGAUGUCUCUCCUUCUUUGGAUGGCCUUACUGAGAAGGAGAUGGGUGUACUCGAUGACUGGGAGAAGAAGUUUGAAGCUAAGUACCCCAUUGUUGGCCGUGUUAUCUCUUGAAUUUUCUUGAUUUCUAUUUUCAGUGUUCUGUUUCUACCGCUAAUGUAAAGGAUAGACUUCUCUGUUGUGAUUUUGUUUGAGUAUGACUUUGCAAAGUAUGGUGAUCUGGAUGAACUGUAUGAAUGCUUUAUAAUCGGUGUUUGAAUAAAUUUGGGUUGUGUAAA